AUGACAGCCAACCGCCUCGGUAGCUUGGUGAUCCUGGACUCGGUAUCCACAAAUUCCGGUCCGUUGAUUCGAUUCCACGACUCUUCACAAGACACUGGCUAUCAGAACAGCCAGUUCCUCAUCCAGAAUCUCCAAUAUAACUCCAAGGAGCCAAUCGCAGUCGACACCAAUGGCCAUACUCGCUUGGAGGCAACUACUUAUGUCGACACCUGGGUCUGGGGAACUAUGGUCCCUGGAGCAUACGCACCAGGAGCCUCGUGGAAUACUCACAGGCCGCCUCAGCUGCUUGUCAACGGAAAAUACUUCACCAAGCCUCAGCCCACGUAUGGCGGAUUUGGUAGCCAAGAUGUUGUCAAUGUGAAGACUGUUGCCGGGCAUGUCGUUAAGGGAGAUGGUGUCACCGACGAUACCGUGGCGCUUAACGCGAUUCUGGCACAGAAUGCCGCAAACUGCAAGAUUACAUACAUUCCUUUCGGAGUGUACAAGGUUUCGGAUACGCUUCUCAUCCCGGUCGGUUCGCGCAUCGUUGGUGAGGCAUGGUCCGUUAUCUCAGGAUAUGGCGAUGCGUUCAGGAACCCGAGUAGUCCCAAGGCUGUCGUUCGAGUCGGUAAUCCCGGCGACGUUGGUCUCAUCGAGAUUCAGGAUAUGCGAUUCUCCGUCGCCGAGAUUUUGCCCGGCGCCAAGGUGGUUGAGAUCAAUGCGGCUGGACAGCAGCCCGGCGACAUCGGACUCUGGAAUACCAUGGUCAUGGUUGGAGGUACCGCUGAAACCAGUAUAUCCACUACGUGCACGUCGCAAGAUCCCAAGGAUUGCAUGGCUGCCUUUAUGGUGAUGCACUUGACCGAGACCUCCUCUGCAUAUAUCGAGAACUUUUGGGGGUGGACUGCAGAUCACAACUUGGACAGCAAGUCCAUUUUCACCAUCGUCUCCACUGGUCGCGGGAUUCUCGUCGAAUCGACCAAGGGAACCUGGCUCACCGGGACGGGCUCCGAACACCACUGGCUCUACAAUUAUAAUUUCCACAAUGCAUCCAACGUGUUUGCGGGUCUGCUGCAAUCGGAGACCCCGUAUAUGCAAGGGUCCGGCGAAUUCGAGAAGGCACCAGCGCCGUGGACCGUUGAUCCUCAACUUGGUGACCCCGACUUCUCUUGGUGCGGGCCAAAUGAUGACAAAUGUCGAAGUGCCUUGGCUACCAACGUUGAUGGAGGAUCCAAUAUCGCUCUGUACAAUUCAGCCGCGUGGGCUUUCUUCGAUGGCUCUUGGAAUGGGCUUUAUAACGAGCCGUGCCAAGGCAAAUGUCAAGCCAAUAUGAUGCGAGUGACUGGAGCGCCGCAGAACUUCAUUUGGUAUUCGAUCAGCACACGCAUGACGGAGGUCAUUGUCUUGGAUGGGAAGACUAAUGCCCGGGAGGACGAUCAUGCUGGUGGAUGGGAGGGUAUCAUUCAGGCCUAUGGUCAAUACGCGGGUUAG